AUGAAUAAAAGCUUCCGUCAAAUACUACCUGCAACAGGAAGGGUCGACAGAGGACCGCCAGUAGGGUCGAUAGACAACCAACAGAAGAAGUCACGAUCGCAGGCAUGCGAGCCUUGUCGUAUAAGCAAAACAAAGUGCACCAGUGAGAAGCCAACAUGUAGGGCGUGCCUUGAACGCAACACGGUUUGCCGAUACGUCGAAACAGAAGCACGUCAAGCUAAGCGAAAGUACGAAGAUCUGCGAAGGGAACAGUCAGCACAUGAGGAGCUAAUUAGGCUUAUGCAAACACUACCUGAGCAGGAUGCAUUCGAGCUUUUUAAACGAGUAAGGGCUAGAGGAGACGUUAGCGCUAUCUUGAACCACGUUAGAGACGGCGGUUUGUUGUCGCAAAUGCAGCUUAUUCCAGAAACCAGACUCCGAUAUGAGCUUCCUUAUAGUCGCGACAUGCCAGAAUUGCUACGGACAUCUGGAAGCCCUUACCUCGGCUCGUUGAUCUAUGAAGCGGUUUCACAGUCCACAGAGCCUCAACAGUCUGUUGUUCCAGCAAAAACUGCACAGACGUAUCAGGAUAUGUAUGUCAAACCAUACCAUGCAGCAAUAUUUGUGGAGCCCCGCCUCGAGAAUACGAGAAUUUCGGAGUGGACUACGGUUUGUGGAGAUGAAGGACUUAUGCGAAAGCUACUGGAUGCAUAUUUCACACAUGAAUACCACAUCUGGCCAGUAUUUCACAAGGACUACUUUUUGGAGGAUUUGUCAAGUGUUAAAUCGCCCAAUUCGAGGACAUCCAGUAGUUUCGCAUCGCUAGUGAAUGCCACGCUAGCAUAUGCAUGCUGUUGUUACAAGAAAAUUUCGAAUCGCUUUCGCCAUUGGGAACCUGAUGGCCUUGGAUACCGUUUCUUCGCUGAAGCAAGGAGGAUUUGGGAAAUGCUCUCUGUUAGCGGUAAAAAUCGCAAUCUUGCGUCGGUCCAAGCCGCGAUAAUCAUCAACAGUGUUUACAAUAUCUACGGCUUAGACAACCUUGGCAGUGCCUACGGCUUGAAGGGUCUUGCUAUUGCUAGAGAUCUAAAGCUGUUCAGUGGAAAUGCAGGGGUCAAGUCUGAGCGAAAACGCAAAGCUAGGAACUUCUCUGCGUGGUGUCUCUUCAACAUUUAUAGUCAUAUUUCUUGGCAAUAUUUCCGCCCACCCGUUCUGGUUGAGCCACCCAAGGUUCCGCUUCCCGAUCCUGCUACAAACUCGGCCUGGUACGGCGAGAUAUGGACCAGGUACCCUCUCAGUCAAGCAUUGUCGCCGACAUAUUAUGGGCAUUACUUCAAAGCUAUAGCUAACUUUAGGGUAAUCCUUUGCGAACUGUCUUAUGUGUCAUUUGGCAAGGAUUCAACACUCUCGGCACAGCAAGCGAUGAUAUUCGUGAGCCGGUUUAUGAGCUGGUUCAAGGACCUCCCUACAGUUCUCGAGACUAAAAACAUUGUACUCCCCGCUCAUUUUCUUAUGCACCUUGAUUAUCAUAUUGUCAUUAUGACAAUUUGCCAGCCUUUUACUGCUAAUCAGUUGAUUGAUGAAUAUUCUCCCAAAGAUAUUGUUCUGAACGCAAGGCGCGAUAUCAAUGUCCUCGUACGACUGUACUAUGUUCGACACGGCUUCAAAGCCGCGCAUGUCUACUUAACAUCCCCACUCUCAAAACUGGGCUUCAUGUCUUUGCACAACCUCAACAACUCGACAACGCCGGAAGAGCUUGAAUUGAACCGAUCGAGUCUUCUUCUGGCUCUUGAAGGCCUACGCGAACAAGGCCGCAAUUACUACAUAACAAGGACGAUAUAUUACAUCAUGAAAUCCCAGCUCCGACCGGAAGAAGCACGAAUUCUACAGGGUUUAGAGACGCCGGAAACAGCAGCUGAUGAGAGUCCUAGUCUGGUGGUUGAGACACAGUCAGAGUGGUAUCCCCGCAUCAUUGAUAUUUCGGACGUCCCGGUCGACGAAGAACUCUCAAAGCUAGCGAACCAGUAUUUGAAGCUUGACUCGGAUGUACAGAGCGACAGUGAGGUGGGUAGUAGUCCGGGUCCUUCAAUCAGCGCUUAACCUACGUUACAUGUGAAUUCAAAGAGGCAAAGCCAGCCUCCAAUACAUCCC